AUGCAGCGAGAAAGAACAAACAACUCGGCCGCGGCUGAAAAGCCUGACCGGGAGGCCGCCAUUAUGUCCAAAUACUACGACGGAGUUGAAUUUCCGUUCUGUGACGAGUUCUCCAAAUAUGAAAAACUUGCUAAAAUCGGACAAGGAACAUUUGGGGAGGUGUUUAAAGCAAAACACAGACAGACUGGAAAAAAGGUUGCACUCAAAAAAGUUUUAAUGGAAAAUGAAAAGGAAGGGUUCCCAAUCACUGCUCUGAGAGAAAUAAAGAUCCUCCAGCUUCUUAAACAUGAGAAUGUGGUAAAUUUGAUUGAGAUCUGCAGAACCAAAGCUACCCAGUAUAACCGAUACAAAGGCAGCAUCUAUCUGGUGUUUGACUUCUGUGAGCACGACCUAGCCGGGCUGCUGAGCAACACAAAUGUAAAGUUCACCCUGUCAGAGAUCAAGAAGGUCAUGCAAAUGUUGCUGAAUGGAUUAUACUAUAUCCACAGAAACAAGAUCCUUCACAGAGACAUGAAGGCAGCCAACGUGCUCAUCACCAGAGAUGGCGUCCUGAAACUGGCCGACUUUGGUUUGGCACGAGCGUUCAGCCUAGCCAAAAACAGCCAAGGGAACCGUUACACCAACCGUGUGGUCACACUGUGGUACCGACCUCCAGAGCUACUGCUGGGUGAACGAGACUACGGUCCUCCAAUUGACCUGUGGGGAGCAGGGUGCAUCAUGGCUGAGAUGUGGACGAGGAGUCCAAUCAUGCAAGGGAACACUGAGCAGCACCAGCUAACGCUAAUCAGCCAGCUUUGUGGCUCCAUCACUGCUGAGGUGUGGCCAGGUGUGGACAAAAAAUACGAGCUGUACCAGAAAAUGGAGCUCCCAAAGGGCCAAAAGAGGAAAGUGAAGGAUCGUCUCAAAGCUUACGUCAAAGACCAGUACGCUCUGGACUUGAUCGACAAGCUGCUGGUUCUGGACCCGGCCCAGCGCACAGACAGCGACGACGCGCUCAACCACGACUUUUUUUGGUCAGACCCGAUGCCGUCGGACCUGAAGAACAUGCUGUCUACCCACAACACGUCUAUGUUUGAAUAUCUGGCUCCUCCCCGGCGGAGAGGCCACAUGCCUCAACAACCAACCAACCAGAACAGAAACCCUGCCACCACCAGUCAGACUGAAUUUGACCGAGUGUUUUAG